AAGUAAUCUCUCCAAUCUACCAUGUGCUCCCUCGCUUGCUCUCUCACUGUUUACAGUUUUCUAUUUCAGACAAGAAGUGUGGAGUUUUCUUUAACUUCAUAAAAGUGUGGUUUGUUUCCUUCUCAAUCAGUUUCACCUCUCUUUUGGGGAUGAGUGGUGGUGGUAAAGAGAGAAGUGUAUUUAGGAUGGCACCAUACGACAUUCCUUUUCUCUACAGAGUCGGGGAAGUUGACCUCGUGGAUGGGUUCCAGGGCCGUGAGAAGGACUGUAUCAUUGUGUCCUGUGUUCGAGUGAACAGCAUGCAAGGAUCAGUUGGGUUUCUGAAGAGUCUGCAGCAAUUGAAUAUCACCAUCACCCGAGCCAAGUACAGUCUCUUCAUCCUUGGACACCUGCAAACGCUCAUGGAAAAUGAAGAUUGGAAUGCUUUGAUUCAAGAUGCUCAGAAAAGAGGUGCCAUCAUCAAGACCUCCAGUGCCAAAUACAAUGUUCCUUGCUAUGCAAGUGAUGCUAAGAAGAUCUUGAAGCCCAUGGCAGUCCAGCAGAGCCAAACAAGGACAGGUGAGUGCAGCAUCUGAGUUGCAUGGAGCUCCUGGACGAC